AUGACCGAGGUGCAAGACCUUGCACUUGGAUUUGUUGAACCUCAUGAGGUUCCCCUGGGCCCCUGGACAUCGCCUUUUUCCAGCGUUCCACCAGAGACUUCACCCAACUGCUGUGACUUUUCAAACAUCAUUGAGAGCGGCUUGAUACAGUUAGGCCACUCUCGCAGCUGUGAAGUUGUGAAGGCAAACUCCAGCGACCCAUUCCUUCUUCCUUCAGAAAAGCAACUCGAGGAGCAGCGGGAGGAAACCCAGCUCUAUCCUGCAGCGAGCGGGGCUGCGCAAGAGGCAGGUGCUGCUCUCACGGCCCGAAGGCAGCUCCGAGCUGCCGGGUGCGGUCACGUCAGCGGCCGAGCUGCCCGGCGGGGUGUGCAUAAGAGCGAGCUAUAUGUGCUGCGUGUCAUCACGGAGCCUUUCAAGUCCCUCCCUCCUUCUCCACUGCUGGGGCUGCAGUGGGCACCGGGCAGGAGGAGCGGCCGCAGCCCCGCGGGGGUGGGACGAGUCUCUGGGGGCUGCGCCACUUGGAAGAUUUGCAUUGGGUACAUUGAUAGCAUUGUGAUUGAUGGCCUAUUUAAUACCAUAAUGUGUUCUUUAGAUUUCUUUUUGGAGAACUCAGAAGAAAAUUUGAAGCCAGCUCCACUUUUUCCAGCACAAAUGACCCUUACUGGCACAGAAAUUCAUUUUAAACUUUCUCUAGAUAAAGAGGCUGAUGAUGGCUUUUAUGACCUUAUGGAUGAACUACUGGGUGAUAUUUUCCGAAUGUCUGCCCAAGUGAAGAGACUAGAAGCCCACCUGGAAUCAGAACAUUAGGAGGACUAUAUGAACAGUGUGUUUGAUCUGUCUGAACUCAGGCAGGAGAGUAUGGAGAGAGUAAUAAACGUCACCAACAAGGCCUUGAAGUACAGAAGAUCUCAUGAUAGCUAUGCUUAUCUCUGACUAGAGGAUCAGCUUGAGUUUAUGAGGCAAUUUCUUCCUUGUGCUCGUGGUUUAAUGUCCACACAGAUAUCUCUUACUGGCAUCCCACUACUAAACUGUGUAAAAAGCAGGCAAGAAAGAAACUAGUUUAAAUAACUUCCUAUUUAUGAAAAUCUCUGUGUUCAGAUGAGUAAGUUUGAAGACCCAAGAAUUUUUGAAAGCUGGUUUAAGGUGAUUAUGAAGCCUUUCAAAAUGACACUUCUAAACAUUACUAAGAAGUGGAGCUGGAUGUUUAAGUAGUACACUAUAGAAAUAAUAAGAUUGAGUCUGAAUGACUUCAAAGACUUUAUAAAAGUGACAGAUGCUGGACUUCAAAGAGGGAGGCAUUAUUGUGCACUGGCAGAAAUCACCGGUCACCUCUUGGCUGUGAAAGAGAGGCAGACAGCUGCUGGUGAAUCCUUUGAACCUUUAAAAGUUGUUGCAUUGUUGGAAAGCUACAGACAGAAGAUGCCAGAUCAAGUUUGCAUCCAGUGUCAAAUCAGUUGUAUCCUGGGAGCCUUUAAGGGUUAUGUACUUCUGGUUGGAGUAGGUGGUAGUGAUAAAUGAAGCUUGUCAAGGCUGGCAGCAUGCAUCUCUUCCCUGGAGGUCUUUUAAAUCAUAUGGAAGAAAGACCAUGAGAGCAAGAACCUGAAGGUAGAUGUUGCCAGUUUGUGCAUCAAGACUGGUGCCAAGAACAUGCCCACAGUGUUUUUGCUGACAGAUGCCCAGGUUCCAGAUGAACGCUUUCUUGUGCUGAUUAAUGACUUGUUGGCAUCAAGAGAUCUUCCUGAUCUGUUCAGUGGUGAAGAUGAGGAGGGCAAAGUUGCAGGAGUCAGAAAAGAAGUCCUGGGCUUGAUGGACACCACAGAAAGCUGCUGGAGGUGGUUCUUUGGUAGAGCGCAGCAGCUGUUAAAAGUGUAUGGUGAAGUAGAGUCGAAAUGUUGUGCACUGGUCCAGGCAAAUACAAAAUUAGCAACAGCUAAAGAGAAUCUAGAAACAAUCUUGAAAAAGCUUAUUUCUGAAAAUGUGCAUUGGAGCCAAUCUGUUGAAAACCUCAAAGCAUAAAAGAAAACUGUACUCAAGGAUGUUACAUCAGCAGCAGCGUUUGCAUCUUUCUUUGGAGCCUUCACAAAACCAUAUAGUCAAGAACAGAUGGAACAUUUCUGGAUUCUUUCUCUAAAGUCACAGGAGUGUCCUGUUCCUGUGAUAGAGGGGCCAGACUCUGCCAUCCUGAUGAAUGAUGCUCCAAGAGCAGCACAGAGUAACAAGAGUCUGCUUGCUGAUAGGGUGUCAGCAGAAAAUGCCACUGCUCUGACACACUGUGAGCAGGGCCCUCUGAUGAUAGAUCCCCAGAAACAGGGAAUUGAAUGGACACAGAAUAAAUACAGAACUGACUUUAAAGUCAUGCAUCUAGGAGAGAAUGGUUAUGUGUGUACUAUUGAUACAGCUUUGGCUUGUGGAGAGAUUAUACUAAUUGAAAACAUGGCUGAAUCUAUCGAUCUCUUACUUGAUCCCCUAACUGGAAGACAUACAGGUAAAAGGGGAAGGAAUACUUGCGCAAUCAGAAUUUCUUGAAGACAAAAAAAAAAAAAGUGUGAAUUCUACAGGAAUUUCCAUCUCAUCCUUCACACUAAGCUGGCUAACCCUCCCUGCAAGCCAGAGCAGGCUCAGACCACUCUCAUUAUUUUCACAGAUACCAGGGGCAGGCUGGAAGAACAGCUGUUGGCUGAGGUGGUGAGUGCUGAAAGGCCUGACUUGGAAAACCAUACGUCAGCACUGGCGAAACAGAAGAGUGUCUCUGAAAUCAAGCCCAAGCAGCUUGAGGACAACAUGCUGCUCAGUCUGUCAGCUGCCCAGAGCACUUUUGUAGGUGACAGUGAACUUGAAGAGAAAUUCAAGUCAACUGCAGGAGAAAUGAUUGUCCGCCCACAUGUUCACAGCUUCUUAUUUUGGCAAAAAGCUUCCACUGUAGACUCUGGAAGAUUUCAUAUCUCUUUAGGACAAGGGCAGGAGAUGGUUGUGGGACAACUUGAGAAGGCUGCCAAGCCUGGCCACUGGCUUCUUCUCCAAAAUAUUAAUGUGGUAGCCAAGUGGCUAGGAACCUUGGAAAAACUCCUCGAGCAAUAGAGUGAAGAAAGUCACUGGUAUUUCCGUGUCUUCACUAGUGCUGAACCAGCUCCAGCCCCAGAAGAGCACAUCAUUCUUCAAGGAGUACUUGAAAACUGAAUUAAAAUUACCAGACUAUCAAUAACACUGCCAGUUGUUAAGUGGAUAAAUGUAUUCCUUUUUUUCCUUUGGCAGGAUACCCUUGAACUGUGUGGCAAAGAACAGGAAUUUAAGAGCAUUCUUUUCUCCCUUCGUUAUUUUCACACCCGUGUUGCCAGCAGACUCAUUUGGCCUUCCAGGCUGCAAUUAAGAUACCCAUACAAUACUAGAGAUCUCACUGUUUGCAUCAGUGUGCCCUGCAACUAUUUAGACACUUACACAGAGGUCAGACGCAGUGGUCAGAAAAACAAGUCUAUAAAAUCAGCUGAUUCCAACCCUUAG